CACAGAUUCAUUAGAGGAAGAUCUUGGGGGAGCUACUUCUUCAGACGGUGUUGGUCGUUUUCACAACUUCAACCUUGGUUCAUUCCGGAACGUUCAAGCAAGCCUCCAAAGAUGGCGUCGCCAGAACUCACAGCAAUGUUGGAAUCGGUUGCAGACGCAACGUCCGCGGACAAGGCCAAUGCCUACAAUCAUCUCCUCGAGAAAUUGACUACUACGCCACCUGUGUCGGCCGAGCAACAUGCAGAAAACCUGAUCGCCUACAUUGAUGCCGUUCUCUCCUCGUCUCUGGGAAUCAUUGUCAUCCGAAACAUCCUCGCAACUGUCAUCAAGUCACUGUCCUCUGUCCCCCCCGAAGUCAAAGUCAAAGUGGGAAAACAUGUAGUAGAUGCUCUAGAUUCACAACUGGCAUCGUACGAAGAGCAGGAUGCGGCGGCCAGGGAGAUACUUGCACAAGGAUACGAGGCAGAAGAGGACUACAGCGAGGCUGCUAAAGCCUUACAAGGCAUAAACCUCGACUCAACCCAACGUCAAGUGUCCGACCGGUCGAAAGUGGAGACAUGGAUUAGGGUCGUAAGAUACUUUCUCGAGGAUGAUGAUACUGUGUCUGCAGAGUCCGCCCUGAACAAGAUCAAGAACUCGGCGGCCGCAGCACAGGAGAUGAAGGACGCCCCGGAGCUGCGUAUCUUGUACCAACUAUCGCAAGCACGAAUCCAGGACUCUCGUCGAGAUUUCUUGAAUGCCUCGGCAGAAUAUCUCACUGUUUCUUUCAAUACCAUGGCCGACGAGGAAGACCGGAAACGGGCACUCUCUGCCGCCAUCAAGACGGCUAUACUUGCUCCUGCCGGUCCGCAACGGAGCCGUACGUUGGCAAAUCUCUACAAGGACGAGAGAUCAGCAGAGACGGAUGAAUAUGGCAUCUUGGAAAACAUGUUCCUGGAGCGCUUGUUAUCACCAGCAGAUGUAGAAGCCUUUGCUUCAACAUUGGCUCCGCACCAACUUGCCUUGACUGCCGACGGUAGUACCGUACUGAGCAAGGCGGUGAUUGAACACAACCUGCUUGCAACUAGUCGUCUCUACGAAAAUAUCACGACGGCGACGCUCGCAGAGAUUCUCGGUUUGAAAGAUGGCAAAGAUGACACUGCGGCAGAAAAAGCCGAAGAUUAUGCAGCCCGCAUGUUUGAACAGGGAAGACUCAAAGGCGAAAUCGAUCAGAUCGCUGGAGUCAUCGUGUUUGAGGCCGUGCCUGGUGUUGAGCUCCAUGGGCCAACCCGAUAUCUACGCCAAUGGGACCAUAAUAUUCAGGGAUUGGUCGAAGAUGUGGAACGUUGUGCUGCAGGACUCAGUGAGACCUUUACGGAACUAACAGCAGAACAAAUGGUCCACUGAGAGGAUAUUUCGAUAUGCGCUCACUGAGUUAGCAACGAACAAACAAGCCUGAUCUUCGGGUGACAUUCCGAGGGUAACGUUACCCAUGACACUGUUGACGACCCCCUACUUUGCUGCCAAACAAGCGACAUUGCUGUGACAGCCACAUAGGUCGUCAAGUUACCAUUUGACAAGGAUAGGAUCCUUCCGGAAAGAGCUGCACGACGAAUGGCCUGGAUAGGACAAGGCCGCGUGUACGAGAUUGGGCAUUCAAAGCAACUCGUACCCACUAGACUAUCCGAAAGAAGAGGUGCUUGGUGUGCUCUUCCUGUCGAGGCUGCCAUGAAACGGGGAUGGAGAGACACAUCCAGUAAUCCGAUUAUGGAAUCUCGGUGUAUGAGAGGGCGAGAGCGAGGGCGAGUGAGGCGAACGAGAUGAGCGAGGUUGUAAGAAACAGAUGGAUAGACAGACAGCACGAGGUAUCCAUUGAAAAAGUGCCCAACCACG